CUUUUUAUCUUCAAUGUUAUAAUUACUAAACCCCAGUUUACAGAAUUCUCUUACUCCUUGCUUUUAUUUCACAUUUGGCACAUAUUCGCUACCCCAUUGUGCCAAGUAAUCAUGUCUCCAGCGUCGGACAUUGAUUUGUUUGCGCCUUUUGAACGAGAUGUCAUACUUGAGAUUCGGACUAGCCAAAUGAAGGCGAUGCCGGGUCUGAAGAUCCAGACGGGUAUAGACAAGAAGAUGCGCACCGGUCGCAUUCCCGUGUCUUUCGCCGGGCUUGAUGCAGAUGAACAUGAUCUUGUUUUUCAUGGUGGGCCGGAUAAGGCUAUCCAUGGGUAUUGCUGUACUCAUUAUACCAAUUGGCAGAAGGAGUUCCCCGAGGCUGCUGCGCGAUUUGCACGGGGUGGAUUCGGGGAGAAUUUCGUGACGGAGCGCAUGAACGAACGUAACGUCUGCAUCGGGGACAUCGUCUCCGUCGGCACUGACGGGGUCCUGCUACAAGUCAGCCUCCCACGUCAACCAUGCUUCAAGCUUAACCACCGCUUCCAACUCAAGAACUUCGCACCCAACACUUUCAAAACAAGUCGCACGGGAUGGUACUACCGCGUUCUCCGCGAAGGCUCCGUACAAGCCGGCGACGAGAUCCGCCUCGCCGAGCGCCGAUGGCCCAAGUGGACCAUCGAGCGGGUUCAGGAGUACCUGCAUCGAGUACAAGAUAACGCAGAAAUGAACGAAGAGCUAGCAGCCGUGGCCGACAUGGGAGAUGAAAGUCGCAAGGCCUUCGAAAAACGCGUAGAAAAACUAAAAGCGAAAAAGAAGCGCGCUGCCGCAGCCGCGAACGGGAAUAGCGAGGAAGUAAAAGAGAAAUGGCGAGAUUUCAAAAUCAUCGAGCGAAAAAUCGAAACACCCCGUAUAACAUCUUUCACCCUCGAAGCCGUGACCCCAGAUCCCGAUAUACCAGCACCGCAAAUGGACGUCGGUUCACACGUCCGUCUAAAGCUGCCUAAUGGUUUACUACGCUCAUAUUCCAUCGUCUCCGGCGAUCGUAAUAAAUUCGAACUCGGCAUCGCGCUUGAAGACCAAAGCCGCGGUGGUUCGGCUUACAUGCACCACCAGGCUAAAAUCGGGAGUACACUCCAAGUCGGUCGCGUAACCUCCGAUAUCAAACCAGCCAGUGCCGCAAGUUGUCACGUCUUCAUCGCGGGCGGAAUCGGGAUAACCGCGUUCCUAAGCCUGCUCGAGAUAUACCAGAAAAUACACUACGAGGCCAUUUUACAUUACGGCGUGCGCGAAGCGCCUACUGAUAUUCCGUUCCGUGAUAGGAUUGAGGGGUUGGGGGAUAUCGUUAAAGUGUAUGAUCGCGCUAAGGGACAGAGAAUGGAUAUUAAGCGGAUUUUUGAGGGGUUGCCGUGGAAUUCACAUGUUUAUGUUUGUGGACCGACGAGGAUGAUGGAUGAGGCGAUAAAAGAGGCGAAGAGGAGGGGGAUGGGGGAGGAUGAGGUGCAUUUUGAGGCUUUUGGCGCGGAGACUGGUGGGGAUCCGUUUGACGUGCAGGUUUUUAAGGCGCCGGCACAUGCACCGGCGGGGAAGAAGACGAAUGGUUUGAAUGGAAUGACUGGUAUCAACGGAACUAAUGGAGUCAAUGGCAAGAACGGCACGAAUAGUGUCAGUGGUGGUAAACUCCUACAGGUCGGCGCCGAGGAAACAUUGCUUGAAGUGCUGAGGAAACAUUUUGGCGACGAUGAUGUACCUAGUAGCUGUGAGGUGGGUAAUUGCGGGACAUGCAAAGUCACUCUGAGAAGCGGAAGAGUCGAACAUAGGGGUACCGCGCUUGGGGAUGACGAGAAGAAUGAUGCGAUGUUGAGUUGUGUUAGUCGAGGUAUUGGGAAGAUUGCUAUUGAGAUUUGAGAAGCUGGUAACGUUGUGGAGAGAAGCAUUGGAGACACUUGCGAUAAAUUUAAAUGGCUGUAUAAUACCAAAAGAAUGUACUUCCCUGCUCCAUUACUCGACAAUGCCAUACUCAAUUUGCUUCCGAAUCAAGAGUCUCCUCAAAUCCGUGUUUAGCUUGCGAGGGUCGCAAAUCUAACGAGAGCUACAAUUGCAGGUAUAAUGACGUUAAGGUAUUAUAUCAAGACGCGAGUGUUAUGCAGGAAUAGUUGAAUAUAGAUAUUCAACAUCCUAGCCAGUGUGUAUAUUUUUUGUUGAGGGACAUUAGGUGUAGUAGAGAGUAAAUAGUAGUAUUUCUAGCCGAGUUUACUAUAUUUUAAUUUAGC